AUCAAUGCAAUUUAUAUCGAUCAGACAGAUAAAGUUAAAAGGACCCAACAAAUUAGAUUAAUGGCUGAGAUCUACUCGAAGGCUAAGGAGGUUUUCAUCUGGCUAGGUCAAGGAGAUGACGAAUCUGAACUGGCAAUCGCUCUACUCAAUAAGUAUGGGGUACUCCGCUUGUAUUCUCUUGGGCAGGACUAA